AUGGAGAGUGUCACUGUCGCGGUUGUUGGUGCUGGCCCCGUAGGGCUGGCUGCUCUGAAGUGUCUAAGAGAAGAGGGCUUCGCGGCUACAGCUUUCGAGAGCAGAGAUGACAUUGGAGGAUCUCACUUCUCUGAUUUCCCCUUCCCUUCCGAUUAUCCUCUGUAUCCUACCGGUUCAUUAAUGUGUCAAUAUUUGAAGGACUAUGCAGACCACUUCCACAUCAGGGAGCACAUCGAGGUGAGCAGUAGCGUAAAAAGUAUUGUUCGCGACGACAAGACCGGAAAAUGGCAACUCACUAUUGCAUCAAAUGGCACAUCGUCGAUACGGGAGUUUGACAAGAUAGUCCUCUCUACUGGUUUAGUUCGCAAGCCCAGUCGGCCUACAUAUGAGGGUAUGGAGGCAUUCCAGGGCACAAUAAUCAGUGGGCAAGACUACAAGUCCAACGAGCCUUUCGCAAAGAAGAACGUCCUAGUCGUCGGCAUCGGUAAUACUGCAGCAGACGUCGCGGUCGAGCUCGUCGACGUUGCUUCCAAGGUGUACAUCUCUCACAGGCGUGGCGCUAUGGUCCUAUCAAGAACCCGUGCCGGCGGUCCGGUAGAGCUCACUGUGAACUACCACACUUUGAGGUUCAUGAACUGGCUCGAGGACAAGGCCCCAUCAGCGAUGGUCAAGAUCACCGAUUCUUAUCUGAAAGGCUUGUCCAAGAAAGCGUGGGAGACGGAUCCACUGUGGAAGCUGGAGCCGGUGCCAUCCAUUGGAAUUGUUCUCCCUGUCGUCAACGAAGACCUAGUCCCAUGUUUCGCCGCUGGCAGUGUAGCAUCUGUGGCGGGUCUCCGCCGUUUUGUCGGCGCCAAAUCCGCUGAACUGGAGGACGGGACUAUCCUGGAGGACAUCGACGCGGUGGUCAUGGCAACAGGGUAUUCCUGCGACCUGUCUCUCACACCGUGGCUCAACAGGCGCUCGCCUGCGAACUACGAUGGUCCACCCCUGCCUGACCUCUUUUUGCAGAUCUUCCCGCCCGAGUAUGCCGAUAGCGUCGCCUUCCUGAACACGUACAACGCAGCGGACUGUGCCUGGGUGCUCGGCGAACUAUGCGCCAUGGCCAUAACCCAGCUAUGGGCUGGCAAGUCAUCCUUCCCAUCACGAAAACACAUGGAGGCGUCCAUUAAGAAACAGACCAAGCUCAACGCAGACACUUGGACGGCCCAUCCCACCUCGGAGAAAGGCCUGGUUCGGCCGGGCGAGUUCUACCGCUUCAUGCACAGCAAGGCAGGCACGGGCAUCCGCGAAGCGUUGAGCUGGGGCCUCUCGGGAUGGAAGUUCCGGCUACGAGACCCAGAGAUGUCCAAGUUGAUGGGGUGGGGUAUUGUAUCUCCUCAUAUGACGCGACUGGUUGAUACCGGCAAGCGCAAGGCGUGGAGUGAUGCACGGGAUGCGAUCAAGAGGGCGAAUGAGGAAGCGAAGUUAGUUGAUAAGAAGCCGAAUAAGUUUAGACUUGAUACCACGACGAAUAAACAAGUAGCCUAG